AUGUCUGUUUUUCUUUCUCUUUCUCAUAUUCCAGUUUAUUCCUUCUUUCUUUCUUUCUUUCUUUCUUUAUUUAUUUAUUUAUUUAUUUAUUUAUUCUUUCUUUUAACCGAGUCUCUUUCACCUCCUCGCUCUCUCUCAUUUAAAUUAUUUUCAUCUUUCUUUCUCUGUCUUUUUCUUUCUUUCUUUCUUUCUUUCUUUCUUUCUUUCUUUCUUUCUUUCUUUCUUUAUUCGUUCUUUCUUUUAACCGAGUCUCUUUCACCCCUCGUGCUCUCUCUCAUUUCAAUUAUGUUCUUUCUUUCUUUCUUUCUUUCUUUCUUUUUAUUUAUUUAUUUAUUGCACAUACUUUCCUACACUUUUUCUUCUCUCUCUCUCUCUCCCUCCCCACCUCUCUCUCUCUCUCUCUCUCUCUCUCUCUCUCUCUCUUCUCUCUUCUCUCUCUCUCUCUCUCUCGUUGAUUAUUUUUCUUCAGGGAUUCUUUCUUUCUUUUUUUCUUUCUUUCUUUCAACGGAAAUAAAUCCAUCUCUGUCUCUAUCUGUCUCUGUCUCUGUCUCUAUCUGUCUCUCUUUCUCUCUCCACUUUCAAGACGACAGCUGCUUUUGCAAUGUCUUUCCUUCUCAUUCUAUAAUCUCUCUCUUCCUUUCUCUCCUUCUCUCUCUCUCUCUCUCUCUCUCUCUCUCUUUCCUCGAUCUUUCCCUCUUUUUAUCUCUUUCUUAUUACUUACAGCAUGUCCUUUUUGUCUCACCUAUUAUCUUCGUUGCUUUCCAUCCCUUGUCUGUAAUUUUCACACUUUCUUUCCGUUUGACUUUUCACAUCAUUCUCCUUUUCGUAUUUUUAUCCAUUACCUCGUUUCUAGCUGAAUUUUUCUCUUCUCGCUCCCAUAUCCUUUUCCUGCCAUUCCACUCCGCCUUUUUGCUUCUCAUCGCCUUUCCCUAUCCCCAUUUCACUCAUCGCAAUUCCUUCACAAACCUAGCUCAUCCAUUUACUUUGCAUCUGAAUUGUUUAGCAACCAUAUUGUGUCCUAUUACCCGUACCGUUCUUAUCUUUCGCUCUGGUCAGUCCCCUAAGGACAUGAACGCCUUUAUUUAUACAUGGGCCUAA